GGAAGCAGAGACCCCUCCGGUGUUUCUUCUCCGUUCCUGAGUUUGGACCUUAUUACACCAAAAUAAACCCAUCUCGGGCUGCCGUCGCUUGUCGCCGCUCCGGCCUACCCUCCGCCUCAGUACUUUUGGUCGGAGGGUGGCGUCAGAACCCCACCCUAAUCCCCAAAGGAAAUCAGAUAGACCAUAGGUUGCUCGUCCCAGAUCUCUGCCUCUGCCGCGAGUGGGGAAUAAGAGGAGCCGCCGCCGCCGGCCGGCACCUCCGCUCCGCAGCGCUUGAAUGGGGAACUAUCUGACGAGUAGAAUAACGGCAGAGAAGCAUGUCCAUGUCAAGACACUGAAGAAUAGCAAGGGAAGGCCUGACGUUAAAUUUCAUGACCUUCCAGAGGAUGUACUGUGUGCAAUUUUAUCGAAAUUACCUGUGAAAGAGGCUGUUCGGACCAGUGUUUUGUCGACUGACUGGAGAUGUACAUGGACAGCUUGCCCCAGGCUAAGCUUCGGUGUCAAUGAUGUAUGUAAGAAUGUGAAAAUGAAACAUCAGCACACCCAGAUGUUCAUUGACCGUGUUAAUGCGGUUUUGGGGAAGCACUGUGGCAGGGUUGUUGACCAACUUGAAAUUAAAUUUAUAUUCGAGAGCAAGCUUGUUGAUCACCUCAAUAACUGGAUUAGAUUUGCUAUGUCGACCCACGCAAAGAAUCUAGCUUUUGAUUUGGCGCCACCGUCCAAUCUUCUGAAAUAUGGGGAUCAUUACAGAUUCCCAUUUGAGCUUUUAGACAACAAAAGUAUAUCCUGUCUAGCGUGUCUUCAACUUAGCUUUGUGUGUUUCAAACCACCUCCUGCCGAUUUCAUAGGUUUCCCAAACCUAAGAAAGCUUGAUCUCCAUGUGGUGAAGACCACUAGGCAGGAUCUCGAGAGUAUCUUGUGCAGUUGCAUUACUCUUGAGUGGCUAAGCAUAGUCAGAUGCCAUCUCAAGGAUGAAAUGAAGGUGGUUCUGCAGCCAUUGUCCCAACUGCAGUACUUGAAAAUCAUGCACUGUGAGGUAACCAAGAUAGAGUUCGAUGCUGCAAAUCUAUCCACCUUUGUUUAUGAUGGACCAUACAUACCUAUUACCCUCCAUCAUGCUACGAAACUGGAGAAUGCAAAAUUUUGGUUCCGCGGUGCGGUUUUUCAGCGUGCUGCCACGUCACUCCUCAAUGGGCUACCAGAUGUACAAAACCUGACAUUGCAACUUGGAAUGCAACGCCUAGAGAGCCGGUGGACAUUAAAUAGCCCUCGUGUGUUUUCUCACCUCAGGCAUGUGCAGAUACUGUUGGUUAUACAUCAUGAAGACAGUGACAAAAUCCUCUACUUAGUUUCUUUUCUAAGGGUUUCUCCGUUCAUUGAGAAGUUGGAAGUACAUUUCCGUGGCCUUUAUACUAUGUGGUUUGCAACCGAUGGACCUUCGAGACAAGAAAUACCGCUGUUGGAAGAUAAAUAUGUGAAUCUGAAGGACAUGCAUGUUACAGGAUUCAAAGGGGCAAGAGGCCAAGCUGAAUUCAUCAUGCACGUGGUUGAAAAUGCUCCUGCAAUACAGGUCGUAACUGUAGACACAGCUCAAAGGCUAACCGAUGCUUUGGAUCCAGGGGAACCAACCCCUAGAGUAGAUAGUGCUGCUCUUGAUAUGGUUAGAGGCCCUCUCCUGAAGAGGCUCCCACCGAAUGCAAAACUUUCACUUAUUUAAGGCAGACUUCCAUUUGUUGUAUAUACUAGAGGCUGGGGUGCGCCUUGCAGAACAUCUACAUUCAUGAUGAGUCACUUAUUUUGGGACGGAGGGAGUACUACAUAAGUUAAUUUAUUAUUAGUCUGACAUCUCUCAGACAUCAAUUGA